AUGUCUCAACCCCUCUGCCGGAUCUCGCUAGAGGUCCGACGCAGCCCGCCCUCCGUACUCCGUAUGGGUACCGGCAUUCCCCUCUCGCGCUGCCGACAGGAGGGCUCAAGACCCACAAUCAUCCUCGUGGCCGUGGAGCCCAGCAUCCGACCCUGUCGAGGCUCCUGCAAACCUUGGUUCGCGGGGUUCGCCAUCGGCCCUCAUGACGGACAAGCUCCCAGCCAUCCAAUUGACGGCGCACAUGCACAUGCUUCGAAACCAUGGACGGGCUUGCCAAUGACGAAUGACGAAGCGAGCAGCGCGCACAUCCCAACCCCCAAUCGCCUGAUAGCCUCACCAGGUCGGUUGAGCCAGCGCCCUGAGCCCGCCGCUAGCAACAGCACAGUCCCUCCGCCGGGCUACUGGAUCCAGAGGCCGCAUCCAGAGGCCGGAGCGAGAAGCACAGAAGCACAGCGCUAUCGAAAACCCACCACCACCACCCGUCCCACAUCCACAUCCACGUCCAAAUCCACAUCCACAUCCGAUUUCCUCGCCCACGCGGGCCAGCCAAUUCCACAACUCUCGUCGCCCCAGACUUCUGGCACACAUCUCCCGAGCCCCGAGCCCAACCGGAAGCCACACGCCUUGCGUCAUGCGCAUACCGAGAACGUUGCGAUUGUCCACUCCGGUUGCAGGAACCUGUUAGGCGCCAUGGAGGAGGCGAGGCUCCUAGAGAGCCUGCAGCACAGGCUGGCUGACCUCGACCGCAAGGUUCACGCCUAUCGCCACGACAUGGAGGCCGACUUCCUGCGCUACUACCGUGAGCUUCUCCACGAUGUCUCUCCCUCCGUCGCCUCCCAAGUUCGCCAAUCCCUUGCCAAGUCUUUGUUCGAUUUUCCAGCCCUCACUCUCGACCUCGAUCUGGCUGACUCACGAACGUUCGCCCGGCCCGGAUCGGGCCAACGCCACCACUCUCCGCCGACUGUUGUCUCUGCCCCCGGAUCGGGAGCCACGGAGCCCCCAGGGAGUCCUCGCGACCGAGAGCAGGAGCUUCGGGGUCUGUUCACCCCAAGUUACCUACCGUUGCUUGACAGUUCUCCCAGACUGCAGGCUCUCCCUGUCGCCGUUGCCGGUCCCUCCAAUCCCCCUCGUCCCCUGCUGUUGCCUGACGUAGGCAUCGAAGCGGAGGGGCAAGGCGUAGACAUGGAUCAGCAAGCAGGUUUGCAGGCAUUUGAGGCAUUGCAGGACGCCUUGCCAACGACUCCUCCGUUGCCUACUCGGCCACGCCACGUGCGUCAGUCGACCGAUGACACAACCUCGUCGGUAUUUUCAGAUCGAAGCGACGUUAAAACCCCACGAAGCGCACUUCGCCGGUCUUCCAGCGCGUCCAAACCUUCGCAAAGUCCGAGGCGCGUCCGGUUCGACUUCAUGGGAGCGGAGGUCCUUCCUACAGCCUCGCCACAAGCAUCUGAUUUCAUGACUCCUCCUCCCGUCUCACCCACCCCAUCAGCCGAACCUGUGCGCUCUGCGUCCAUGCUAGACGACGAGUUCGAAGACCAGCCACCCCCUCGCAAGAUAUCCUCGUCGGAAGCAUUAAGGGCCCUUUCUAGAGCACCUCUUGACUCGGGAACAGUCUGGACAGUUGUUAACCCUAACCGAGACGAGAUCAUUGUGGAGCAGGAGGAGAUGGUUUCAUCGCCUUGGAGCGACCAUAGCAGCUUCCUCCCCGCAGCACCGGAACCUCCGAUGCAGUCUCGCGGCCCCGAACCACUUCGAGCCUCACAGAAAUUAGGAAGCGUCAGCGAAGAGCCAGAGGAUGUUGACGAUGAUGACUCUUCCGAUGAAGAGUUCCUUUCCAUGGGCAAAUCGAAAUCGUCUACCAACAAACAAGUGCCCGCUUCACCAUCCCCGACAAAAGAAUCUCAUGAUGUGAAGCCUGACGCCCAUACCGCGAACUCGCACGGCGGGCCGAAAGACGUAGACAACGACGAUUUCGACGCCGAGGAAGACGACAUGUUUCACUUCGAGGCUGGUGGUUUGUCCGCUCCCCCAAGGCCACGGCCAAAACCACUUCCUGUUGAGGAGGAAGAGGAGGAAGAUGUGGAAGAUGCACCGGAGAUCAAGCCGUCAUUAUACGCAACAUCGCCGGCAGUUCACAUCGCGAGGCCCUCUCCUCUAGCGGCGGCGCCAACAACACCAACAAUGGCCAAAUUUCAAGCUGGCUCUCUGGGUUCAUAUAAAGGACGACCAGUCAUCAUGCCAGUGGUGCGUAACCCAGAGGUUCAUGCUCAAGCCGCCUCGCUGGGGCAGUUCAAUACGUUUGUAGGGGGGUUAGAUGGUCGGAGCGGGAUGGACGAGGGCGACCUUAACAGUUUCCGCGCCAGCGUUUCCAACAUACCAUUCUCCGGUACCCCUCGCAGUUUUACAGAGCGUCUGAUGAUGGAGGAUGCAAUGAUGAAGAAGAAGGAAGAUUCGAAGCUGCCUCAGUGA